ACACACACACACACAAACCCUACACAGUUAUCGUAUGCUCAGCCCACAAAGAGAAAUAGCAUUGGAGAGGCAGGGCAGCGGGGCAGAGGUGCAGAUGAAAAGAGUCUAGAGAAACUUCUUCCAGCUCUGAUAUACAACUACCAGACCUCCAAAAUAAAAAUGAAUGGACAGAAGCAGUGGACACGGGUGGCUGCGAUAGCACUCCUGGUGCUAACGGCGAUGGCAGCUGAAGGAGGCAAAGCAGAGAAACAAGGAAAGAAGGAGCGCAAGUCGGACUGCGGGGAGUGGCAGUGGAGCGUGUGCGUAGCCAACGAGGGCGACUGUGGACUCGGCACCCGGGAGGGAACGCGCACCGGUACCGACUGCAAGCAGACCAUCAAGACCCAACGCUGCAAGAUCCCCUGCAACUGGAAGAAGAAGUUUGGAGGGGAAUGCAAGUACAACUUCGAGGCUUGGGGGGAGUGCGAUCUGGCGACGGGCAAGAAGAACAGGACGGGAGUGCUGAAGCGAGCGCUCAUGGAUGCGCACUGCGCCGCCACCGUCACAGCCACCAAGCCCUGUGGGAAGAUCCCCAAGACCAAGCUGCAAGAUGCAAAGAAGCAAAAGAAGGAAGGCAAGAAGCGAGAGCGCGCCCAAAUGGACUGAUGAGGAUGUUUGUCCCGGGGAGGAAGGAGGAAGAGGGUGGAAAGAUGUCUACUGCCCUAUUUCAACACGGUUCCUCUUUAUAUGUCCUGUAGGUUGGCAGUAGGGAGCCUAUAGAGCUUUGACAAAGCCAGUGGAAAUAUGACUCUUAGUGACAACGCGUUUUACUUUUUCUUCUUUGUAGCAUCUGAUAAGAAACAACUUGUACGUUGCGAUAGGAGACAUAAUACUCAGCGGUAGGGAUGAAUAAUGAAUAUGGGAAAGAUUUGUUUACUAGUGUUUGUACCUAAUGAUGCUAUUUUUAGGAUUAUUUUCUUAAGAACAAAUUGGAUAGGAUUUGUUAUACAAAGCAUAGCCUAAUUAAUUUGAAAAACUCUCGGUCUGUGCCCCGACUUAAUGAAGCAGUUUGCUUAAAGUGAAGCUCUAAACAUCUUCACUUAAUUAAUUUGAGCAAAAAAAAAAGGUUGUGCUUUUUCAAGUGGCUUAAGUUAACGGUUUCCCGCCAUUCCUCUGUUUUAUUUUUCUCUUAUUUCUUGUAAGGAUAAACUUUCUGGAGGCUGCAUGUGAUAGCUACUGUACCUAUGUGAGUGUGCAUGCUGUUUUUAGUUUGUUUCCUCCUGCUGCUCUGUUGUACCUCAGUUUAUAUCCACUGAGUUGAACUCUCCAGCUUGGCUGUAAAAAAUUAAAAUAUUCACUAUUGUAGUUCUCAGUCUGGCCUUAACAUUUUCUCCUUUGUUUCCUGUUACAUUUCCAAAAAUAAAAAAAAUAAAGGUAGUUUCUCUUUCA